GAUACAUAUUUCUAUAUGUGUGUAUAUAGAGAUACAUAUUUCUAUAUGUGUGUAUAUAGAGAUACAUAUUUCUAUAUGUGUGUGUGUAUAUAUAUAUAUAUAUUUCGUUGUAGGUUCACCAACAAGGCACGCAAACUUUCCUUGUAAAAAGGAAAGACUCCUCCAGCAGCAUUUCUGUCAAAAUAUUUACCUUCUAAAUCCUUGGACUAAACACCCACCUCAGGACUGGGCUCUUGGGUGGAAACCCUUCAAGCCAAGGCCCGUUGCUGUUUCUGUUUGUGGAGGGAGGCUGCUUAUUCCUUCCAGGGUGGUGGAGUUCAUAAAAAACCAGAAUAACAUAUGGGUUCCUCAUUUAAAGGCCUUUCUCUGAGGGGUUUGCAAGGGAUAAGCCCAGCUCAGUGUGUGUGAUGGUACAGUAGCCUGUUGUUACUGUUUUGUCUGUUUUAUUGUGGGGAUAGGAAGGGAAAUAAUGGGUUGUUAUUUGAUUUUUAAGGCCUCAUCUGUUCUCCUAAAAAUGUGGGAGCAUAAUGCCUUAUUUCCUAGCUGAGGAUUGAGUUACUCUUGACUUUAUCAAGGAGCUUCGUUGGGUUUUUAGUGGCUUGUCUACAAAGGUGUGGAAUGUAAAUGUAGAGGAGUGGGAACUGGGAUGUAUCUCGGUGUUGUAUCACAGUAGGAUUCUUGUGCUGUUUGGAAAGGGGGAAACCAUGGUGUUUGACAGCAUUUCUGUGGGGAUAAUUGUUGUAAGUGCUUCCAGGCAGAUCCUGCAGGCAGGGGAAGCUUGAUGAGUCUGCUGGAAUUCGGCACGGGACAGCUUCAUAGGUGAAAGCUUUGGCACUGGGGAGCCAGAGGACACUAGAUAAGCUUUCAGAGCAUUUAGCACAGCAGGGACUGUGUCAAGGCAACUGGAGUAAUCAGGGAAAAAGGGCAUUUAAUAUCCUGCAGAUGUGCUGGCUCUUGCUUGUUACAUGAAUCAGAGUAUUGCAUGAAUGAAAGUAAAACAAUGGCUUGUUUUUAUCAUCAUGUGCGUGGCAGGUGCUUUACAGACGAGAAGAAAAGGUCCCUGCCUUGGAGAACUUAAUCUAUAAUGAGAUAUUAUUGAUCCAGCCUGCUCUGGGGCAGCUUUGCUUGCCCAUGGGGCUGCUCAGGUGGUAAGAUCUGGGACAAAUAUUUGCAUGGAACACAAGGAAUGUCGGUAGAAGAGGGCCAGGAGCUAAUUAACCUGGCAAAGUAGUGCAGUGUGUUCUCAUUGUGCACUUGGGGUUAGGUUUUAAUUUGGCAUUUUACCCUUUUGGUGUUUGUAAGGCUGUGGCUGGAAAUUUGACACUAAUGUUAAUAGAACAUGUGACACUAACUGCUGGAGUUGGAUGCUUAGGCAGCUGCUGACCAAACAAAUCAGGGUUAUUUUCCAGCCAGAUAAUUUUCCUGAUCUGAUUCACCAUGUGACCACAUAAACAAGUGUGCAAGAGCAGGACAGGGAGCUGAUCUUGGGAGGAGAGGAGCAAUGGCUGAAGCUGGUAAGUCCUGUGAAAAGUGCCCUAGCACUGCAGAAAAACAUGUAUUGAAAUUGCCAUUGCUCGAGUUCUGACUUUUAGGAGCAUAUGGUUUAGGGGGAGAGCUGUUGGCCAGUGCUAUAAAGGCAAAUCAGAGUAUAAAUUUUGGUUGCCUCACAAGAAUAUCUUAUUUUUUGAUAUAUCCAUACAUAGAUGUGAGGCUGAUUUGUGCUGUGGGGGCAGCCAGAGCGAGUUACAGCCGAGCAAAUCUAAGUUUAGGUGGCACUUUACACUGGGCUGAUCAGCAUGAGCUGGUUCCUGAGGCCAGGCAGUUUUAGAGCAAAAAGGAGGCAGUGGCCUGAUUUCCAGCUGUGAGUAUUGAUUGUCCUUCUUGUGUUUUUCGUGAUGGUCCUCAGUCUGUGCUUCCAGGGCAAAGCCAUUGCUAAACUCUCUCUCCCCAGUUGUCCCAGUUUAGACCAGAUUAGAGUUACCCAGCUCAGAAAACAAGAGGCAAAGCAAAACUUGGCAGAUUCUGCCAUUCCCCCAGCAGUGUUUUUCCAAGGCAAAAUGUCUCUUUACCAAUGGGAUUCUCGCAUUGGCAGCUUUUACCUUGUCCAGCAAUUUAUUUCCAUCUUUCCUUCAGCCCAUCUGCGAGGCCUUUGUGGCAGAGGGGAUUUCUCACCAGAGGCCAUGGAGCUUUCGGCCAACGAGCUCAGCAUCUAUGACAAGCUCUCAGAGACGAUUGACCUGGUCAGGCAGACUGGCCACCAGUGUGGCAUGUCAGAAAAAGCCAUUGAGAAGUUCAUCAAGCAGCUCUUGGAAAGGAACGAACCCCAGAGGGGCCCUCCACGGUACCCUCUCUUAGUGGCUCUCUACAAGGGCCUGCUCACUCUGGGGUUGGUCCUGCUGACUGUUUACUUCGUGAUCCAGCCCUACAACCCGCUGCCUCCCGAAGCUCCGCUCUCCAGAGCCCAGGCCUGGGGCUCCCUCAUCGGCCACAUCCGGCUGCUCCCUCUGCCCAUUGCCAAGAAGUACAUGCUGGAGAAAUGCCAGGACUGGUGGGCAGCAGGUUGCAGACAGAACACUUCUGCACUUCCUGCAAACUGCACAGUCUGUUCUGCUGUGAAAAACCUUCAGAUAGUGACAGACUUCAGAGAACUAUCAGAAAAGCUCCAGAGGCACCAGCCUUUUCUAAUCAAGACAGGGCAGCAUCUCUCUUAUGAAGAACUGAAGCAUUUCCAGUCCCAGGAUCCAGAACUGGCAGAGGUUAUAAUAGAAGAAAAUUCAGCCGAGUUGUGGAGCUGCCCAUUUUUCUUUCCCUGGAACAAAUCUGUGAAUAAAUCUCAGAUUCUGCAGGAAUUUUUCCAUGCAUCCUCUUUGCUGUCCUUCCCCAAGACAGUGUCCCUGGAGAGCUGCUUCCUCAUCCGCCAUCCAGAUUUGGGGAAUAAGAGCUACAGCCUGCACAGCCUCUUUGCUGUUGGAAGUGGGCAGCUCACCCUGACUGUUGCACCUCUGGACACAUGCCGAGGACACUGUGAGAUGUUCAAGGUGGAGCUGGAAGCUGGGGAUUUGGGUUAUGCCAGCACAGAUUACUGGACAAUGAGCUUCAUGGCCAAAGGGACAGAGCCAGCCGUGGUUUGUGAUGGAGCUGCCAGCUAAGGACAGAGGGGAGGGAAAAUAGAGCUGUUCCCAGGACAAGAAGACUUUCAGCUUUGAAGCUGAGGCAACAUUUUGAGAGCGAGCUGGGGCAACUGGGGCAGGCAGCUUUGCCACCCUGCAUGUUUACAGUGUUUAAAAAUGACUGUUUUCCUGACCCUCGAGGUAAUUCUUUGCCUUUCCUCAAAUGUGUUUUGGGAGAAGCUCAAGCUAUUUAUGACCUUCCCUGUCCCCUCAGGUAAGCCCUGAGUUUGCAGCAAAGGUUUUUUUUCCAGGAACAGCAGAAGGAUUUCUCAGGAUGAGAUUCACCUUGUGUCCUUUGUGGAUUAUGGCACUUCUGAAACUUCCUGAGGGGGUUUGGGAGUGGAGGGGGUGUGUGACAUUUCUGUGUACAUUCCUCCUGAGGAGGAAGCUUUGAGCCUGUCUUGUCAGGCCAGUUCUAUAAAGGGAAUGAAUUGGUGAUGUGUCCCAGCCUCACCCCACCUCUCCCUCACAUCUGUGGCUGUGUCUCCCCCAAAGCUGAUCCCAGCUCUGUAUUCCCGGGCUGGGGGGAGCCUCGAACCUGAGGGUCUCUGCCCCUUGCCCACUGUAUCAUUCUUGUACCAAAAGAAUCUCUUCAGGCCUCUCUGUUGUGAUCACUCUUGUGGUUCUCUAUCUGCAGGUUGUGAGUCAAAUAGUAACUGUGCUUUUUUUCUCUUCCACCUCCUUUCCUGCAAAAAGCACCGACACACGUGUUAGUGGUGCUGGUGCUGGGAGUGCAGGAGUUCUGGAUGGAGAUGGGGCUAGGAGCAGAGCAGCUCUGUUCAGGUUUCACCUGAGACACCAAGGGCUGCACAGCCAGUUUCAGCUCCUUGUUUUUGGAGGCACUGCCUGCAUUCCCAGCCCAGGGGACCUACGGGAGCACCUGGAAGCUCCCUCAUCCCUCAUCAUUUUUAUACCAACUCCUUCCAGACCUGGAGCUCUGUCUUCAGAGUGAAGGUUGGUUUUUCCUGGGUCCUUUCCAAGCUGCCUUUGCAUGUUUCCUGCUGCUGGAGCACUGCUGUCUCCAGUGCCCUGAGAGAGGCUCGGGUUCAGGGUUUGCAGGCUGCGGAUGCUGCCGUCCCUUCCAAGUCUGAUCCUCUGGGUCUGAUCCCGCUGCUGAAGAUCACUUACAGAUGUGUCAGGCUGAACUCAUAGGCCAGGGCUGGGGUUCAGGACAUGCUCUCACACUUGUUAAUAUGGAACUGGGAGGGGUUUUGGUUGCAAGUGAGUUAACUCUGUUCUCAGGAGCAGGAGCCUUUCUCUCUGUAAAUAUUUUAGGUACGUGUGAAAUGACAGAUUGGAAAAAUGUCUGUCCAGCCUUUGUUUUUGAGAAAAAUGGGAGCAAACAUCGUACUAAUCUUAUUAGGGGCUGACAAAAGCCGCCAAGUGGGAUGACCAUGUCUGGCUCCUGUACAAGGAUAAGGCAAAGGACAGUUCCUGCUCCAAAGAAUUUAGUCUGAGGCCUUGACACUACAAACAUUUCUAUGCAUAACCGUUGUUUUUCUCCUGUCAAAACACUGAGAACAACCCCAGCACCUGUGUCAGUCUGUGUUAAUAACCCUCAGUGCUGGACCAACACACACACCAGAUGCAGUAGAACCAAAGGGGGAGAGUCUGACUCUCUCGGGAUAGAAAAGGACUGAUCUAAUUUGUAGCAAAAUAUUAAAGAGAAUUGGAUUAAUAAGACUUCCAUUAGUAUUCUCAUUGCUUGGGGUGUAUUUUACACUCAUGACACUACAUGCAAUCUUGUACAUGCCAAGACACACACACACACACACACCCCACCCCCCUCCCUCCUCUUAAAACCUGGGUCUUAGUUAAUGGAAAUUUGGGAGUUUGGUGAUGGCAGAAUCAGGGCCUCGUUAGUGACUGUUGCUAUUUACACUUUGGCAGCUGCUCAAAUCAAAUUUAAAGGCUGACAAGGUUACUUCACCUCUCGCUGGUUUUGUACCUGACCCGUUUUUGUAAAGCACUUGCUCAGAGAUGCUGCUGGAGCCUUUCUUGCUGAGAGUGCGGCGGUUCGGUGACGCUGUCACUGCUAAGUGUCCUUGACUGUAACUUGUCAAAGAGCUGUGGAGACAAUUCCCAAGUGUCUGUGAAAUGCCUGGAUUUCGAGAGUCGCACUUAAGCCGUUGUGGCUGUCUGGCUCUUUGGGGAAGAGGCAGAGAAAAUGGAUCUAUUUACGGUUGCUGUUUAGGUUGGGGGAGGGAAGGAGGAGGAAAAGGGCAGGUUUGUGCCUGUUUAGCAGAAGUGUUCUCACGUAUAUCUUCUCCCCUCCUCAAAGAGUUGCAGCUGGUUGGACAGGAGCUGGUGAGUGUGGCCUGUGUGCAGAGCAGCUCUCCAAGUGCACUUUAUGGGCUCUGCAUAAGUUUCCAGCUCGGUGUCUGGGCGAUACAUUGCAUAUGUCCCAGCCUCGCUCCCUUCGGAGUUUACAUCAUUUGUUUUUAAGCUUUCCAGUAUAUUUUCUCUUCCUCUUCCAAAAGCUGUAAGGAAUUAGCUGCUAAACUAAAACAGGAGGGCAGUUCUCCUGCUGAUAAAGAGCCGAUUUUGGCUGAAGCUGCCAAGCCCCAGUCUGCAGCACAGCUUCCAGAGCAGCUCCUGUCUCCAGCUGCCAGAGGAGUGGUGCUCACACCUUUGGCUCCACAGGCGAGGAGCCAGGUGGGAAACCCGGAGGUGAGGCCAAAGUGGCAAAAACUAGGAUGGGCAAAAGGAGGUUUUGAUACCUUUAGCUGCAAGUGAGCCCUGGUCGUGUUUCUCAUCCAGAGCUCCAGCUUUACAGAGCCCUUGGAAAGGCUGCAGGAGGCUGGGACUUCCCUAGAGAGCCUGUUGAGGCUGAACUGGGGGGAUGGGGCUGUGUCUGCAGCCAUUGAAGCAUCUUGGUGACAGACACGACCAGAUGAGUCACAGAGGGGGUGUCCCACCAUGGUCUCCCUCGCCUCAGCUGCCCCUUGGCUCUCGCUGUGCUGGUUUGGACAAUCCCCCACUCCCACCCUGCCCAGUCAAUGUGUGCAUCCCAGUGUUUUAAAAUCCCUCUGUGCUUCAGAGCUCGUGUUCUCUGAGCUGGGAGAUGGAUCCCUGCUCACCCAACAAUCCCAGGGGCUGCAGAGCUGCUCUGAAAGCACACCAGAAAUCGGUACUACCCACAGGCAGAGGUGGGGAGGGGUCACCUCUCUCCUUGCCAGGCUGGAAAGAUGAGCUGUGCCCUGUCUGCUGGGCAGGAGGAUCGUGGUUUAAAGCUGCUUCCCAAAGCAGGGGUCACUGACCGUUGCUCUCAGUCCUGAACUCAGGGUAAUUGAAAGGAGGAGAAAGGACUAUUAUGAUUUACUUCAGUACCAGGAAAUCAGCAGCCCCCACGGGAGCCAGGCUGACAGUUUCUAUUGAUUCUUUUUUUUUUUUUUUUUUGCUUUCUUUGUUUCUUUUCUGGUUUUUUCCUCCCUGCUGGCACUGCACACACUGAUUCCCCCAGGGCUCCCAGCCUCAGGCUCCCUUUGCAACGCCCUGGAGAGCUUUCUAGAGGCAGAUUUCCCGUGAGUCUCUGGACUUCAGCUUCUCCCUCUAGUCCUGUUUUUGCAAUUUUCUGGUGGAGAAGCUGGUCAGACUGGGCUGGAUCAAAGCACCUCCCUUCCCUUGUGGCCUCCUGGGCUCCAACAGCAGGAGCAUCCCAAGCAAGAGGAGUUGGGAGCAGGACAUCUCAUGGUAGAGAUGUGAGCUCUGUAAACACCAGUGUCUCAGAAAAGGGAUCCUCCUGCCUCGAAACCCCCUGGUUCUCCUCGGUAAUGCUGCUCCAGGAGGGAAUUUUCCACACCCACCCAAUUCCAGGCUUGGUGGUCCAUGUUCAACCCCAUGGUUUCUAAGAGAACCAAACACUUCCUGGGGUGGGGCCAUUUCAGUGGGUGCACAAAGAGCUUUUGCUUCCUGCAGACCAGACUUUCUCCUCUUGGUAAAUUUUAUAGGUAGAGCUCGAUAUUCUCCUCUUCAGGAACCUCCUCCUUUUAAAGGGCAGAUUUAGUGUCCUGCUGAGUUAGACAAGGGAGAUGCUGGACUUCCCCUUUGCUGUGGACAUUCAAACAAAUGGCAGGUGAUUUAUUUUUAGCAUUAUCUCUUUGUCUUGGGGAGGGGAGCCACGUUCUAAAGGCUCAGGGGUGCUGGGAAGUAAAGCUAUAUAUGCAUAAAGACUUUCAAUGCUGAACACUAAAUUCAGUGGUGGAUUCAAAAAAAAGAAUGUAAAUAUGCACUUAAUGCAGAAUUUUAUGGAUGGUCAUAAUUUAAUAUAUUGCAAACUUUGUAAAUACUUGGGAAAAGCCUGUAAAGUGUGUAAAUAAAUGAGAUUUGUAUGUAAGAAGAAUAAAAAAGUUUUUACUUUUUGCAAUUAAAUACAAGUGUUAAUGCA